UCAGUUCGCGGCACGUGAUUAUUCAGCACCCGGAAAACCGGGACUGAAUGUCAAAAACAUUGUAAAAGUAUUUAAGUUGGAGGUUGGCUACACUUUCUGUUUUGUUUCUGUUGUUUUGUUUAACUUUGUACAGGUUUUAAUUACUCCGGUUGGUUCUCCAACAUGAUGCAGGCUUUGAAAGGCAUCAGACACCUGAACUCCGGUACUCUGAAGCAAGCAGUUUCAGAGCUCUCUGUGCCGGUGCCAUGGGGGGAGAUGAGAGGUAAAGUCUGGGGUCCUGACCAUGGUCAUCCUGUGCUGUGCCUGCACGGCUGGGCUGACAACUGUGGUACAUUCAACAACCUUGUUCCUCUUCUACCCAAAGAGUGCAGAUACGUGGCGGUGGACCUGGCAGGUCACGGUCUGUCGUCACAUCGUCCUCCUGGAGUUUUCUACUCGUUUCCUGCGUACGUAUCAGAUGUACGCAGAGUCGUUGACGCUCUGCAGUGGAAUAAAUUCUCCAUCAUCGGCCACAGCAUGGGUGGUAACAUAGCUGGAAUGUUCAGUGCUCUGUAUCCUGAGAUGGUGGAUGCUGUCGUACUGCUGGAUUCUUACGGAUUCUUACCUACAGAUCUGAAAGAAGUGCCUCAAGUUAUGAGAAAGGGGAUUGAUGACAUGCUUCAGUUUGAAAAAAAGACUGAAGAGGAAAAGAGAAGAGUUUACACUUAUGAAAACGCAGUAGAGAGACUGUUGGCCGCAAACCCAACUCUGUCUGAACAGUCUGUGCACAUCCUUUUAGAGCGAGGUCUAGUUCAAGUUGAAGACGGAGUGAUGUUCUCCAGAGACUUUCGUAUUAAUCUGAAAAACAUAGUGCGCAUCAGUUUGGAGCAGAGUCUGGAGAUGCAGUCGAGGAUACAAGCCUCUGUUCUAGUUAUGCUAGCAGAAGACGGCUUUGAGAAAAUAUUUGCUGAACCAGAUCAAAAGAAAUUUACAUCAGCACUUCUCCAGGCCUAUAGGGACAGAAAUCACACGGUGGUGAUGGUACCAGGCGAUCAUCACGUUCAUCUGAACAAUCCCGAAGUCGUCGCUCCACUUGUGUCUGACUUCCUGCAGACCAAAGUGUUGUCACAGUCAGAAAACCAAACAAAUGAACUGAGCUCUAAGUUAUAGCAAACACAAAAAAAGCAUCAAUUUUGCCUUAAGUCAUUUCACAAACUCAGUUUUUAAUAACUUUGUUGUUUUUUUACUGUACUGUUUACACUAGGGAUGAGCGAGUAGUACUCGUCUGUAUCUGUUCAACCAACUACAUUGUCUGUAUUUGUAGCCGUACUCAGAAUGGGCGGGGCUUAAACAUGACUCUACCUGUACGCUACCUGAGCUGGAUUCUCGUUUCAGCCGAGUAAACUCGCUCAACUCUAGUUUACACUCACCUUGGUGCUUAAACCUGAGCAAGUUGCCACAGAAUCAACUCAUGUUACAUUUGGUGGACAUAUUGUACUAGAUAUUAAUGUGUAUUGUUGUCAUAGAGACAGGGGCAUUGUGGGCAAUAUAAACAUCAAUUUCUUUAACUCCAGUUGCUUAGUGAGUUGAAGAGACCAGAUCAACAAAAGGCAGCCAGACUGUGGUUUUGGUUCAGUUUGCUCUUUGAUCCAGUGAAAAGGUUUGUAUCAAGUAUCGAUGACAGAGGUGCUGUAAGUUAAUGCAGUAUAGUUUAAUAUUUAUUUAAACAGAAAUUAAUCAUUCUUUAAAACAUCACUUUAAUUAUCAGAGAUAAUAUGAGAGCAACAGUAAAAUGUAACACUUGAAAACAUGUUUGGCUCGUGAUAGCGAGGUACAGUAACAUACAUUAGUUAACGAUGUAGCAUUCACUCCUUUAACACUGUUGGACUCCUGAUGGUUUAAAAACAUGAUCAAAUGCCUGAUCGAUGCAGCAGAAUCAGAGGUAUUGUCCUUUUUUAAUUCUACAUAUUCUCCUUCCUUGUAAAAGACUUCUUCGACUUCUGGAAAAAAAACCCUGUAAAAUGUGGCUUGAGUAUCGCCCCAGAGGAGAGGCCAUGUUGUUACCCAAAUUAAAAUCUUUAUCUUCUGUAUCGUAGCGAUUUUAAGACUCAAGAGUCAGCUUUACUUCUCAAGGCUCGGCUCAGUUUCCAUCAAUCAAAGCUUAAGCUGUGUGCCAAAUGCCAACACUGGCCUGCUGAUGUAAUCUGUGCAUUCACAGUAGGUUUUUGUUAAGGAUGUUGGUUCACUUAUAUAUUUUAGCACUGAGGUUUGAUGGGCUUUGAGGACGUUUCUGAUAUUCUGACCCCCUCAUUUUUGUAAAUAGGGAGGAUGUAAUAUUAGAAACUUCUCUCAAUAUAAUGUAGUCCAGUACAACACCACCUUUAACUAUGACCUUAAACAAUUAAAAUAUGAAAGUACAAGUUUUUUUCUUUGUUUUCUGUUUUUCUUGUUCUUUUUCUUUAAAUAUAGACAAAUAAUCCACGUAUCGCAUAAGGCAAUGAUGACAUGACAAUGUAACCCCAUUAAAAAAGACAAACAACAGCAAAAAACAAUCAGACAAAAGGAGUAAAUUUAGAAAAAGUUAAUAGGAUUAAUUCAGUGAUUUAAAUAAUUACACAGUACCAGAGAACUAAAAUACACAUUUGACUGGUAGAUCAUAUAUAGAGCUAUAUAUAGUCUAACUUGACCCUUUUGAUGUUUGUGUUACUUUGUAAUGGUUUGUAGCAAAAAGAUAUUGGCUUCACAGUGUGUUUAAAAAAAUAACUUAAUUUUAGAUCAUGAUUGAGCUUUAAAUUAGACAUUUACAUAUUUUACAACAGAAUAAUUAAAUGAAUUAUCUCUUUUUAAAGGUGUGAGUUCAAAAUAGAUUUGGAGGGGCCGUAACCAGUUUUAGAUGUUAGUCCACAAACAUACAACAUAUCGACAGUAGAAAAACAAAUAGUAAAUUGUAUGUUAAUGGAGCCACAAUCUCAAGUUCAAUGUUUUAUUUGUAAUCAAACGCGUUCUCCCAAACAAACACACAUAAGUUUCUUCGAGUGAAGGUUGAAGAUCUUCAUCAGGCUCAUGACUCAGUUGUCUGGUGUUGUGCUGAACUCUUUUCCUGCUGCCCUACAGGUGUAUUCACAGGCAGUAGUUGUAUCACCUUGUACCUGCUGCCUUUGAGGAAUGUUUGAAACGCACUGAGACAGCGUCAGAUGUCUGCUGCCUGUUAAUAUUUUAGCAGCAGCUCCUCUGAAGUGUGUAUCCUCAUGUUUAAUAUCAAACGUUAGCCAGCUGUGGGAAGAAAGGUUUUGUGCUUGAGCAGAGGACGAGUGCGGACUCAACACAAUAUCUUGUUGAUGGCGUGUUGGCAGCUGGAAAUCUAUGAAACUACGAUUCCUUAAAUGUUUUGCAUUAAUUUAUUCUUUGAUUAUUUUACUGUUGACCAUCAUUAGUGAAUAAAGCACCAGUUACACGCAGUGGGGCAGAAAGUCAUGAUGCAUUUUUGGUGAAGCAGAUCCAAACUGUGGGUAAGAGGUUGUUUUAUUAUGUGACUCAUAUUUAAAGUCUGAAUAUCUCCAUGUAAAAUGUCCUUCAUUUCAAUAAAAUUCAACUUAAUACAA